AUGCCGCCGUGUGAUGCCACGAUGCCGCCGUGUGAUGCCACGAUGCCGCCGCAGCUGCAGCUCCACCAACCAUCGCCAUCAGCUAGUACAACACCCCGGCUGGGGUCAGGUGUAGCAGGUAUCGGGGAUCAACAUGAGGAUGAUGGUGAUGGUGAUGGUGAUGGUGAUGGUGAUGGUGAUGGUGAUGGUGGUGGUGGUGAUGGUGAUGGUGAUGGUGAUGGUGAUGGUGAUGGUGAUGGUGAUGGUGGUGGUGGUGAUGGUGAUGGUGAUGGUGAUGGUGAUGGUGAUGGUGGUGGUGGUGGUGGUGGUGGUGGUGAUGGUGAUGGUGAUGGUGAUGGUGAUGGUGAUGGUGAUGGUGGUGAUGGUGAUGGUGAUGGUGAUGGUGAUGGUGAUGGUGGUGGUGGCGAUGGCGAUGGCGGUGGCGGUGGCGGUGGCGGUGGCGGUGGCGGUGAUGGUGAUGGUGAUGGUGAUGGUGAUGGUGAUGGUGGUGAUGAUGAUGGUGAUGGUGAUGAUGAUGAUGGUGAUGGUGAUGAUGGUGAUGGUGAUGAUGAUGAUGAUGAUGAUGAUGAUGAUGAUGAUGAUGAUGAUGAUGAUGAUGAUGAUGAUGAUGAUGAUGAUGAUGAUGAUGAUGAUGAUGAUGAUGAUGGUGGUGGUGGUGAUGGUGAUGGUGCCGGCCGACCAGGUGCCACUGCCGAUAGCCAAGUGAAUGCCGGUCAGCUGGGUGUUGUUACAGGAGGAACAGCGCUGGUACCUUCUGCAACGGGCCCGCCCUCAGACGUCGUCAGGCUCAUCGAGGUUCUGCUCCGUUCCCGGGCUGGUACGGGUUCCGAACCACCCUCUCCCGAGGCUGCACACGCUGCAGCAGAUGGCAAGCAGGCGGUUGUAGCAGCAGGAUCCCUUGUGUCUCCUGCUACAGCCGCCUGGCCCCGUGAUGUUGCUACAGAAGCGACAGCCGCUGCUACAGCAACGUCCCUUCCAAGGGGCCUGGCUGGCAUAAGAAGAGCGUACCUAGGCAGAGAGGACAACAUUGGUACAGCUGCUGCUUCUGCUGCUGCUGCUCCUGCUCCGGCUACUGCUGCUGCUACUGCUACUGCUGCUGCUGCUGCUGCUACAGCUGCUGCUCCUGCUACUACUGCGACUCACAGCAGCACACCAAGCAAUGAGCCAAGCACCAACCCCCCAACAUGUACGCACAGAGCCGUCCCCAGCCAGCAUGCAACCCUUCUCUCCUCCCUUACUGCUCUCCAGGCCAGAGUAUCCGCGUUACAAGCACUCGUUCGAAUCCUAUCGCAGCAACAGCAGGAGCGAAUGGAGGAGAAGGAGCAGCAUGAACAGGUGGUGGAGGAGGAGGAAAAGGAGAAGGAGGAGGAGGAGGAGGAGGAGGAGGAGGAGGAGGAGGAGGAGGAGGAGGAGGAGGAGGAGGAGGAGGAGGAGGAGGAGGAGGAACAGGCACAUCAGCAACAAGAGAAGAAGCAGCAGCAGGGGCAGCAGCAGCAGCAUGAAAGGGAAUUGGGAAGCACAAAACAUUUCCAACAGGUGCGUGAGGGAGACAAAAAGCAACAGAAGCAGCAGGAGAAACAGGGAAUGGAGCAGGAGCAGGAGCAAAAGGAGGAGGACAACGAGGAGCAGGAUGAGGAGCAGGAGCAGGAGCAGGAGGAGGAAGAGCAGGAGCUGGAGGAGCAGGCUCAGGAGAAGAAGCGGAAGCAGCAGAGAGACGCAGUGGCAGUGGGGAUAGUUGGCAUGAUCAAGCAUCUCGCAGUGGCUUCUGCCAGCCUGCUGCCUCCCCACCAGCAGCGCAGUGCACUCCUACCCCUGCUCCCCCUGCUGCCAAACCUGCAGGUUGCCUUGGCAAGGGAAACCGGGCAGAAGCGCAAGCAGCGUGAUGGGGAGCAGAGCGAUGGGGAGCAACGUGACGGGGAGCAGCACGAUGGGGAGCAGCACGAUGGGGAGCAGCGCGAUGGGGAGCAGCGCGAUGGGGAGCAGCGCGAUGGGGAGCAGCAGGACGGGGAGGUGACCCCUCGCAAGCGCAAGAAGCCGAAGCAGCUGCUGCUGCAGCUACAGGCAGCGCUGCAAGAGAGCAUGGUGCAGGAAGGGGCAGAGAAGCAGCAGCAGCAGCAGCAGCAGCAGCAGCAGCAGCAGCAGCAGCAGCAGCAGCAGCAGCAGCAGCAGCAGCAGCAGCAGCAGCAGCAGCAGCAGCAGCAGCAGCAGCAGCAGCACCAGCAGCAUUUGUUGCUCUGCCUCUCCCUGCUCUGCCUCUCCCUGCUCUGCCUCUCCCUGCUCUGCCUCUCCUUGCUCUGCCUCUCCCUGCUCUGCCUCUCCCUGCUCCGCCUCUCCCUGCUCUGCCUCUCCCUGCUCUGCCUCUCCCUGCUCUGCCUCUCCCUGCUCUGCCUCUCCCUGCUCUGCCUCUCCCUGCUCUGCCUCUCCCUGCUCUGCCUCUCCCUGCUCUGCCUCUCUCUGCUCUGCCUCUCCCUGCUCUGCCUCUCCCUGCUCUGCCUCUCCUUGCUCUGCCUCUCCUUGCUCUGCCUCUCCCUGCUCUGCCUCUCCCUUAUCUGCCUCUCCCUUCUCUGCCUCUCCCUGCUCUGCCUCUCCCUGCUCUGCCUCUCCCUGCUCUGCCUCUCCUUGCUCUGCCUCUCCUGGCUCUGCCUCUCCCUGCUCUGCCUCUCCCUGCUCUGCCUCUCCUUGCUCUGCCUCUCCCUGCUCUGCCUCUCCCUGCUCUGCCUCUCCCUGCUCUGCCUCUCCCUGCUCUGCCUCUCCCUGCUCUGCCUCUCCCUGCUCUGCCUCUCCUUGCUCUGCCUCUCCUUGCUCUGCCUCUCCCUGCUCUGCCUCUCCCUGCUCUGCCUGUCCUUGCUCUGGCUCUCCUGCUCUGCCUCUCCCUGCUCUGCCUCUCCCUGCUCUGCCUCUCCCUGCUCUGCCUCUCCCUGCUCUGCCUCUCCCUGCUCUGCCUCUCCCUGCUCUGCCUCUCCCUGCUCUGCCUCUCCCUGCUCUGCCUCUCCCUGCUCUGCCUCUCCCUGCUCUGCCUCUCCUUGCUCUGCCUCUCCUGCUCUGCCUCUCCCUGCUCUGCCUCUCCCUGCUCUGCCUCUCCCUGCUCUGCCUCUGCUCUGCCUCUCCUUGCUCUGCCUCUCCUUGCUCUGCCUCUCCCUGCUCUGCCUCUCCCUGAUCUGCCUCUCCCUGCUCUGCCUCUCCCUGCUCUGCCUCUCCUUGCUCUGCCUCUCCUUGCUCUGCCUCUCCCUGCUCUGCCUCUCCCUGCUCUGCCUCUCCUUGCUCUGCCUCUCCCUGCUCUGCCUCUCCCUGCUCUGCCUCUCCCUGCUCUGCCUCUCCCUGCUCUGCCUCUCCCUGCUCCGCCUCUCCCUGCUCCGCCUCUCCCUGCUCUGCCUCUCCCUACUCUGCCUCUCCCUGCUCUGCCUCUCCCUGCUCCGCCUCUCCCUGCUCCGCCUCUCCCUGCUCUGCCUCUCCCUGCUCUGCCUCUCCCUGCUCUGCCUCUCCCUGCUCUGCCUCUCUCUGCUCUGCCUCUCCCUGCUCUGCCUCUCCCUGCUCUGCCUCUCCUUGCUCUGCCUCUCCUUGCUCUGCCUCUCCCUGAUCUGCCUCUCCCUGCUCUGCCUCUCCCUGCUCUGCCUCUCCCUGCUCUGCCUCUCCCUGCUCUGCCUCUCCUUGCUCUGCCUCUCCUUGCUCUGCCUCUCCCUGCUCUGCCUCUCCCUGCUCUGCCUCUCUCUGCUCUGCCUCUCCCUGCUCUGCCUCUCCCUGCUCUGCCUCUCCUUGCUCUGCCUCUCCUUGCUCUGCCUCUCCCUGAUCUGCCUCUCCCUGCUCUGCCUCUCCCUGCUCUGCCUCUCCCUGCUCUGCCUCUCCCUGCUCUGCCUCUCUCUGCUCUGCCUCUCCCUGCUCUGCCUCUCUCUGCUCUGCCUCUCCCUGCUCUGCCUCUCCCUGCUCUGCCUCUCCUUGCUCUGCCUCUCCUUGCUCUGCCUCUCCCUGCUCUGCCUCUCCCUUAUCUGCCUCUCCCUGCUCUGCCUCUCCCUGCUCUGCCUCUCCUUGCUCUGCCUCUCCCUGCUCUGCCUCUCCCUGCUCUGCCUCUCCCUGCUCUGCCUCUCCUUGCUCUGCCUCUCCCUGCUCUGCCUCUCCUUGCUCUGCCUCUCCCUGCUCUGCCUCUCCCUGCUCUGCCUCUCCCUGCUCUGCCUCUCCCUGCUCUGCCUCUCCCUGAUCUGCCUCUCCCUGCUCUGCCUCUCCCUGCUCUGCCUCUCCCUGCUCUGCCUCUCCCUGCUCUGCCUCUCCUUGCUCUGCCUCUCCUUGCUCUGCCUCUCCCUGCUCUGCCUCUCCCUGCUCUGCCUCUCCUUGCUCUGCCUCUCCCUGCUCUGCCUCUCCCUGCUCUGCCUCUCCCUGCUCUGCCUCUCCCUGAUCUGCCUCUCCCUGCUCUGCCUCUCCCUGCUCUGCCUCUCCUUGCUCUCCUCCUACCUGUGCCAGUCCCGACCAUCUCUGGAUUUCAGGGUGUCAAUUCUACUCCUGAUGUUGUUGUCGCUCUGCUCCUCCAUGCUCUGCUCAUCCCACCUGUGCGUUGGUAUUGACCAUAACACCUCCUCCCCCACGACAUUCACGUGCCCUGAGCCAGGCUGCCAGCACAACGGGCAGCACCCGCGCUUCCGUCCACUCAAGUCCCUAGCCUCGCUGCACACCCACCACCUCCGCGUGCAUGGUGACAAGCCUUUCACCUGCUCCCGCUGCCAGGUCAAGUCCUUCGGCAUCCAAUCCGACCUGCGAUCCCACGAGAAGCAGUGCGGUGUAAAGCGGUGGCACUGCUCCUGCGGGAACUCCUUCAGCAGAAAGGACAAACUAGCCAACCACCUCAACACAUUCACAGACCACUCGCCUCUCUUCAACCUCCAGCCAGUGGACGUCGCGAUUCAGCCCAGGCAGAAGCCGCAGUUGAAAAAGCAGCCUCAGGUUCAGGCGAGGCAGCAAGAAACACAGACGAAGCAGCUUCAGGCGCAGACAGAAGAGCUUGAGGCACACACGAAACAGAUGGAGGCGCAGACCAAGCAGCUAGAGGCCCCUCUGAACGCCAGCCACGUGAACGAGGCAGUCACGUACCAGUCCCCUGCUGGUUACUUGGGAAUUCUUGAGUCGACUCAAGGGCAGUCUCCUGCCAGUCACCUGGCGCGCUCUGCUAGCCAUGCUUCUGAGGGUAAUCAUCCUUGGGGGCAAAACGCUGCGGAGAUAAAUGCAUCGGGGAGAAAUGCGAUGGAGGGAAAUGGUUCAGAAGGGAAGGAGGCCAGGAGUGGGUACGUGUCGCUACUUCUGCAGGGGGGCGUUGGGUUGGUUCAAGGGAGCCGCUUGCAAGCAGAGAGUUCCGAAGCAGGUCAACAGUUUCAGCAGUUUCAGCAGCAUCAUCAGACCCAGCUCUAUCAGCAGCCACAACUGGUAAACGAGACACACACUUCCCCUGCUCUCGCCACCCUGCCAAUAGACUCGCCUCUGCCACCCCUGCAAGCACCCACGCCUCUGCCACUCCUGGACGCACCCAUGCUCGUGGAACAAGGUGCUCUACCCUUGCAGCAGCAGCACCCCUCCCUACCCUUGCAGCAGCAGCACCCCUCCCUGCCCUUGCAGCAGCAGCACCCCUCCCUGUCCUUGCAGCAGCAGCAACCCCCCCUAUCCUUGCAGCAGCAGCACCCCUCCCUGCCCUUGCAGCAGCAACAGCACCCCUCCCUACCCUUGCAGCAGCAGCAACACCCCUCCCUCUCCCCACAGCCAGCAGACGUGCCUUGGUCUCUGCCAGCCCAGUUCUCCACACAGCCUGUAAAGUCAACAGAGUCAACAGGGGCAGUGCGAGAGACAACAGCUUCAGAACAGCCUGCUCAACCGCCUCACCCCCAUCCACUCACCCAAUGCCCACCACUCAACCCAUUGCUCGCCCCUCCAAUCGCCCCACCGCUCGCCCCUCCACAUACCCUUCCACGUGCCUCACCAGUCGCCCCUCCAGUCCCUUCAGUGCUCCCUCCUAUUCUCCAUCCACUUGCCCCUUCGGUUUUUCCUCCUAUCAAGCCUUCCCAACCCCAGGCACAGGCUCGGCCCGGGGCUGAUCCACAGCAGUCGCAGCAGCAACCGCAGCAGCAGAAAGCACAACGGUACCACCAGCAACCUCCGCAGCAGCAGCAACAGCAGCAGCAGCAGCAGCAGCAGCAGCAGCAGCAGCAGCAGCAGCAGCAGCAGCAGCAGCAGCAGCAGCAGCAGCAGCAGCAGCAGCAGCAGCAGCAGCAGCAGCAGCAGCAGCAGCAGCAGCAGCAGCAGCAGCAGCAGCAGCAGGUAGAGCGGCAACCUGCCAACCCCACAAUACAACCUCCCAACCCCUCACCACAACCUCCCAACCCCUCACCACAGUCUUGUAACCCCUCAUGUCAGCCUGCCAACCCCCCACCACAGCCUCCCAACCCCCCACCACAACCUGCUAACCCCCCAUCACAGCCUGCAAACCCCCCAUCACAACCUCCCAACCCCUCAUAA